UCCUUCACUGGUACUGUAAUGCAGUGGAACUUAGCAGCUAUGCAGCUGUCUUUGACUGGACCAUGUUCUUCAGGGACACUUCUGCUGUUGUUGCUGUCAAAUCUGCUCCUGUGGAAGGAUGUGGCCUCUGAGCCUAAGCGCAAUUUCACAGAUGGAAGCUGUGAGAAGAUCCUUGGGUACAUUUUUAACUUGACAGACACCCUAUCUGAGGACAUCAAUAGCCUCUCUUCAGAAAUGUUAAAUGAAUUUGAUAAAGAGUACGAUGAAGGCCAGAAGUUCCGGAACAAGGCCUCCAUGACCUGCCAUACCUAUUCCCUCCAUCUUCCAAACAAAAAACGGUACCCUGAAAGGACCCAACCUGACUUCCUUCUGAAGGCUACCAUGAGUAUGUUGAGUGCCUGGAACAACCAUCUGUCACAAGUAGUGCUCAGAUUUCAUGAUCUGGAAACAACCCAUCAUGGUAUCAUGUCAAAAUUCAGAGUGGUUGAUGGAAAGAUCUCAAAACUCAGAAGAUACCUGAAGGUAGUUAGGACUGUACUAAGCCAGAUGGCCAAUGAAAGCUCUCUCCCCUUUGCCUUUCAUAGCCUAUUCGUCUGCUUGCACAGCGAUGCAACAAAAGUUUCUGAUUAUAUUAAUGUCCUGAGAUGUCACAUGGUCUCUAGCACAUGCUAG